AUGAGUCUAAGAUGUGAUAUAUUGAUAAACAACUCAAUAGCAAUUCAAGUACUGGAGAAUGAAUUAAUGCAAUUUAGGUCUUGGAGUGCUGACGCGUCUUUCAUACUAGGAACUGCAUUUGGAGCUGUGAAUGGUGGUAUAGAAGUGAAUAUUGAGUAUCCUCCAGGAACACCGUCUUAUAUUGCUCCGACUAUUGUUUUCUCGUCGGCCAGAUCGAUGGGUCCAAACACCAAUAUCAACUUGAGUUACAACUUGACUUGGACAUUCUCAAUUGAUUAUGGGUUUGCCUAUCUUGUGAGACUUCACUUUUGUGAGGGCACCACGGUGAUAACCAAAGUUAAUCAAAGAGUAUUCAAAAUAUUCAUCGCUAAUCAAAGUGCAUUUAAUACGGCUGAUGUUAUUGCCUGGGCAACUGAAGAUUUUAAGCCUACGGACGAAAUAAUUUUAAAUUGUGGUGACCCUAUUCUUAGUUUGAAUCUUGAUGGCCGUUCAUGGUCCACUGGUUGUGGCUCGAAUUUUGGUUCUGGAAAAUCCAUCAUGUUAGAGGUUGCAACUAAUGACCCUGCAGUCCCUCAAAAUCCCUUCAUGACGGCGCGGAUUUUCGAAACACCAUAUACCUAUAGUUUUCCGGUGGCUUCUGGUUGGAUAUUCCUCAGGUUAUAUUUUUAUAUGGCUUCUUAUUCGAGUCUUAAUAUAUCAGAUGCCCGAUUUGGCGUGACAUCCCAAUUUUACACCUUGUUUAGGAACUUCAGCGUUCUUGAGACUACUUUGGAUUCAAAGGAUCAUUAUGUUGUGAAGGAAUAUUCCAUCCACAUUGAUGGAGGUACAUUGAACGUAACUUUUACUCCAUCUACCACUGCAAUUAAUGCAUAUGCUUUCAUCACAUUUUGUCGCCGUAGGCAUAACACAAGUGAGGGACGACCUAGCUGGUUUCGACUUUCGCUUUUCAGUAAUUCACCCUCUCCAGCUUCUGCCAAUAUCAACACAACAAGGAGUUACAGAUCCUCACUUCCACAAAACCUUUGUCGUCAUUUCUCGUUUGCGGAAAUGAAGGCUGCUACAAACAACUUUGACGAGACUUUGAUUCUCGGUGUGGGAGGAUUUGGCAAGGUUUACAAAGGAGAAAUUGACGGUGGAUCGACUAAAGUCGUAAUUAAACGUGCGAAUCCACUCUCCAAACAGGGUGAGCACGAAUUCCAAACUGAAAUUCAAAUGCUCUCUAAACUUCGUCACCGCCACCUUGUUUCGCUGAUUGGAUACUGUGAAGAGAACACUGAAAUGAUCCUUGUCUAUGAUCACAUGGCCUAUGGAACACUCAGGGAGCAUCUAGAUAAGACACAAAAACCUCCACUACCGUGGAAGCAAAGGCUUGAGAUAUGCAUUGGAGCUGCUCAGGGUUUGCACUAUCUUCACACCGGCGUUGAACGCACUAUCAUCCACCGUGACGUGAAGACAACAAACAUUUUACUAGAUGAGAAGUGGGUGGCCAAGGUUUCUGAUUUCGGAUUGUCGAAAAUAUAUCCUUCAUUGGAUAAUACACAUGUAACUACUGAGGUAAAGGGUAGUUUCUGGUACUUGGAUCCAGAAUACUACAGGAGGCAGCAACUGACCGACAAAUCCGAUGUGUACUCAUUUGGUGUGGUUCUAUUUGAGAUACUCUGCGCUCGCCCGGCUUUGAAUGUAAAACUAGCUGACGAGGAAAUGAAUCUAGGUAAAUGGGCAGCUCAUUGCUACAAAACAGGCAUUCUUGACCAAAUCAGUGAUCCUUAUCUGAAGGGCAAGAUAGCUCUGAAAUGCUUUAAGAAGUUCGCCGAGACCGCGAUGAAGUGUGUAGCUGACCAAGGCAUUGAAAGGCCAUCCAUGGGGGAUGUCUUGUGGAACCUGGAACUUGCUUUGCAGCUUCAGAAAAGUUUAGAAGACACUGCAAAUCCAGAAGAUAAUGCAAAUCUAGAAGAUAGUGAAAACAGUCUUGGUGGAAUACACUGCGAAGAGCCAUUGUUUACAGAUGUGAAAGGAAAGAAGAAGUUGGAUUAUGUGAUUGAUUCUGGAAACAGUGGCGAUUCAACGAGUGUUAGAGGUAGAAGCUUGGCUAGAGAAGAUUCUGCUCAGGGCUAGUACUAUUUUAAUUUUAAUAAACAUAUUUCUUUUAUAAAUAAAUGUUACUAAAUUAGGAUUAUCCGUUUGUUUCUUAACCUAUAACUUAAUUGAAAUAUGUAUUCAUGGCGAUUUA